CACCGCCGCCCCUUCCUCUCUACUCCCUCAUUUUUCCAUCUUCCUUUUAGUUCUUCCUUCAUUUCUAUUUAUUCCCUUUUUUUCACUUCCUUCUCUUCGUCUACCCUCCGCCGCCGCCGAAGAUCCGCCGCUGCCUCCCGAUCAAAUCUCCGUUCUGGUUGAAGGAUCUUUGAUCGAUUACAGAUAAUGGCUGGUGAAGAACCUGUAGCUGUGGAGGCUGCUUCUGCCCCUGUUCUUGGUGAGCCAAUGGAUAUAAUGACUGCCUUACAGCUUGUGCUCAAAAAGUCACUGGCCCAUGGAGGUCUUGUUCGAGGCCUUCACGAGGGUGCAAAAGCGAUUGAGAAGCAUGCUGCGCAGCUGUGUGUGUUAGCAGACGAUUGCAACCAAGCGGACUAUGUUAAACUGGUUAAAGCACUGUGUGCCGACCACAAUGUGAACCUAGUAACUGUUCCAAGUGCAAAGACUCUUGGGGAAUGGGCUGGUCUGUGCAAGAUUGAUUCUGAAGGAAAGGCUAGGAAGGUUGUUGGAGCCUCCUGCGUUGUCGUGAAGGAUUUUGGAGAGGAAAGCGAAGGCCUCCACAUUGUUCAGGAGUACGUGAAAUCUCACUGAGAGGCAGUCGACUCAAAUGCUAUGAAACGGUGCUCGAAGGAAAGUGCAAGCAUUGGAAACCCUUCCAUUCAGUAUGCUUUAGAUAAUUAAUUGUUUUAUUUAGACAGUUUUGAUUUAUUUAUGUAAUUCAGUGCCAUUUGAUCUAAUUAGGGUUGUUUCGAUUAAUGCCAUUUGAAUCUUUUACUCCCUAAUUUGAUAGACAUUUCUUCAAGUUGUGGCUAUUACCUCUUUUUAUUAGUUGCUGACUUUGUAAUCCCUCUAAGAUUUAAAGAUUUCAGCCAUUUUUGGAA